ACGAAUAAUAAAAAAUAAAAAAUGAACAAUUUAGUUGAAUAUUAUAAGAAUGAUUGUUAUAAAUUACCUUUUAAUAGUUUAUAUUGUAAUGAUAUUUACAAUAACCAAGAAAACAGAAUUUCAGUAGCUAUCGAACUCACGAUUUGUGAUAUAAAGACGACGAAAUCUUUAACUAUACCGCUAGAAUGUAUUGGUGAAUACGAUAAAUCUUACUGUCUAGACGCAAUAUCAAGAUCUUCCCAGCUGUGGUCAUCCUAUAGCGGUUAUUUCAGAGAUAGCCUGACUAUUUGUCAAUCAUUUAAACCAGAGAUUAUACAAACUGAAUUCUUGAACAAUCAGUUAACAAUUUUAGACUAUUUAACGAGGUUACAGCAGCAAUUGAACACUCAGAUCGAUUAUCAUGAACAUCUAGAUAAGAAGUUACUUAUGAUAAUCUACUCGUAAUCUAUAAUAAUUCUAUCUUUCAUCUGAC